AUGUCCAGCAGGAAGACUAAGAAGACCACGAAGAAACGUGCCCAGCGCGCAACGUCAAAUGUGUUUGCUAUGUUUGACCAAGCACAGAUCCAAGAGUUCAAGGAAGCCUUCAACAUGAUUGACCAAAAUCGAGAUGGUUUCAUUGAUAAAGAAGAUCUGCACGACAUGCUAGCCUCGCUGGGAAAGGACCCCACAGAUCCUUAUCUGGAUGAAAUGAUGAGCGCUGCACCAGGGCCUAUCAACUUCACAAUGUUCCUCACAAUGUUUGGUGACAAGCUCAAUGGCACUGACCCAGAAGAUGUCAUCAAAAACGCUUUUGCUUGCUUUGAUGAAGAAGGAACAGUGUACACUGUGCAUCCUAACUUGUACCACAAGUCUGGCAUUGUCCUGCUGAAGCGCAUGCAUGAAGGUGUGGAUUAUUUCCAAAAAGGGGACAACAUGAACCUGCAACAUAUCCUGGGGAUAAGUUACAGCAUUGACAGUUCCGUCAAAAACAUGCAGAGAUGA